GAGCCAUGGAAUCUUUUCCGUUCCAAAACAUAAUCAGCGCUUUCAGUUCUCAAUGAGUCCAAGACUAGUUCAUGACCGUGAAAUCUUAGCCAUCAUUGUGUCGGGAACACAGUUUUCCGAGACCUGGUGAAUCCAAAAAUUAUGUGGCCGAAAACUCAAACCAACAAUUACCAACAAGCAAAAUGUUUCCAAGAAGGCGGGUUUUGCACUCAUUUGGUUUCAUACCGAUUUUAUUGAAUAAUCCUCCCCUUGCUGAAGCCCUGGUGACGGAGCCUGAGGUUAUUAGGACCGAGAAACUUGAUAGUGGAGUACGGAUACAAGAUAUCAUUGAUGGGGAAGGUCGAGAGGCUUGUGAAGGGGACCUGGUUGAAGUCAAUUACGUCUGUCGGCGGGCAAAUGGGUAUUUUGUUCACAGUACCGUGGAUCAAUUUAGUGGAGAAAGUUCACCAGUUAUACUUCCUCUGAAUGAGAAGGAGAUUAUAAAGGGUUUGAAGGAAGUCAUAAUGGGAAUGAAGGUUGGAGGGAAGAGAAGGGCAUUGAUACCUCCUGCUGUAGGAUAUGUUAACAAAAACUUGGGACCAAUCCCCGAUGAGUUUGGUCCUCGACGGAGCCUUUUGUCUCAUGUUAAGGAGCCCUUGAUAUUUGAAGUGCAACUCUUGAAGGUUUUAUGAAUCUUUUAUGAAACAUUGUGAUUAUGGAAGUAAGUUGUGAUACAACACAUUGUUUUCAACUUGUAAUGAAUGAUCAAGACUAGGGUUUUGCACACAAAUUGGGAUUUUCGUUAGACA